AUGGCCUCAGAUCAAAUCACAGUUGCAGCCCUGGGUCGACCUUUCACCCUAGGAAUGCUCUACGACGCUCGGAAAGAUGAACUGAUCCCAGGUAUGACAUUGUGGGAAGAGAAAACUCUAGAAGAGCACACUACUGAAAAUCUUCAGCACAGCAGUGAUUUUGUCAUUUCUGCAUCUGACUCCAUUGAAUCCAAGUCCUCUCUGCUGGAUAUUGAAGCUUCUCUGAGGGCCAGUUUCCUGUGUGGACUGGUUGAAGUUGGAGGAUCUGCCAAGUAUCUGAAUGAUGAGAAGAAAUUCAAGAAUCAGAGCAGAGUGACAGGUCGGUUCAAAGCUACUACCAGCUUCAAGCAGCUGUCAGUGAAUCACCUUGGAGCCGUGAAAACCCAAGACAUGGAUGUCAUUAAGAAGGGCAUGGCAACACAUGUCGUCACAGGCAUUCAGUAUGGGGCAAAUGCUGUCUUUGUGUUUGACAGUGAGAAGUUAGAAGACAACAGCGUUCAGGACAUCCAGGGCAGCAUGGAAGCUGUGAUAAAGAAGAUCCCGUCAUUUGAUGUUAAGGGAAGAGUUGACAUCAAACUGACUGAUGAGGAAAAAACCCUGACCAACAAAUUCUCCUGCAAAUUCUACGGAGACUUCAUUCUUGACAGCAACCCUGCCACAUUCGAAGAUGCAGUGAAGACCUACGUACAACUCCCACAGCUACUGGAAAAAAAUGGAGAGAACAGCGUUCCAGUGAAGGUCUGGCUGAUGCCGCUGAAGAAUUUUGAUCUGGAAGCUGCUGAUCUGAUGUGUGAUAUCAGUGUUGGACUGGUGUGGAAGGCACAGGAUGCUCUGGAAGAUUUAAGGGAAAUGAGAAUGAGAUGCAACGAUUCUCUAGAAGACAGAGUGGUAGAGAACUUUCCACAGAUUCAAGAAGGGUUACGCACUUUCCAAAAAUUGUGUGGCUAUUAUGAGUCUAACCUCCAGCAGACCAUGGCAAAGAAACUCCUAGCCAUCCGUGAAGGGAAAGAAGAUGAGAGCUCUAUAGCGCAACUCUUUGAAGACAGAGACAAGUCACCAUUCAGUCAUGAAAAACUAAGCAAGUGGCUGCUUCAUAAGGAGAGAGAGAUCAACGUCAUCAGAUCCUCUGUGGAUAUGAUGAAGGGAAUAAAGAUCGUCCCAAAUCAGUCAGGGCUGGACAGAGAGGUUCUCGCACCAGGUGUAGAUGAUGCUUUGUGCUUCGUUUUCACCUCCCUGGGCAGCAUCGAUCCCUGCCUUGAUGUGUUGACCAACUACCUGAACUCACCUGAAUUGAGCAUCACCAAUGAAGACCCGUGGUACUUCUCCGAUGAUGUUUUCAUCAGAAUGAGAGAAAAAGCCAAAGAUUUCCAUGAUCUUGCCAAAGCACAGAAGAAAAACAAACGAUUCCGGUUCCUUGUAGCAGCCAUUGCAAAUGAGAAAUACAAAGGAGCAACCAUCUAUCGUUACAAGGAAGGCAUCCUGGACACUGAAGACUUUUCAAAGCCCGAACUGCCUGAAGUGGAGACCAUCACAGACAGAAGAGAUCUGAUCUGCGGGAUGACAUGCGGAGAAUGGCAGACAUAUCCCGAUUGCCAGGAGAGGUUUGAUGUACAUACUCAGGUUUUGUGCUACGAGAGCUUAAACAGGCGCCAUUACUGGGAGGUUGAGUUUAGUCAGUGUCCUAAGGAAUCUAAUUAUGUAGCUGUGGCAUACAAGGAGAUUGAAAGAAAAUCUGGCAGUUCAAGGGCUGAGUUUGGAAAUAAUACCGUAUCGUGGGCUUUUGGCCAGUGUGCAUCACCUCACAAACACCUACUUAGAGCAUGGCACAAUGGGGAGGUGUGGCACACUCCUUUUCCCUCUGGUGGCUGCAGCAGAGUUGGGGUCUAUCUGGACCAGCCUGCUGGCACUCUGUCCUUCUACAAGGUCUCUUCUAACACACUGAGCCACUUAUACACCUUUCGCACCACAUUCACUGAGCCUGUUUACCCAGGCCUCUGGGUUUAUCAUACAAACAACUUCGGGUACCUGCGUCCAGUAGAGUAAGAGCAAGUAUGGAGACUUGUUAGAGUCUAGGUCUGUUGAUAGGAAUAUGGGUUUACAUUUAAAGUUUAAAGAGCAACUUAACACCCCAUUUUAGCUUUAAUGUGCUUCACAAAGUAAAAAAAAAAAUACAUUAAAACCCAGACGGACCAGAAUAUAAUCAAUAUCAAUAUCAAUAUCAAUAUGAAGCUGACCUUAUUAAACGAAGCACGUCAAAAGGCACAACAAUGACAAUGAAUGCAAGACCUUCAGAAAAUAUCUUGCAGCAUUCACAGACAAACACUUGUCUUUAUCUGGACACAUUUUCCCCACAAAUACAACAUGCUAACGUUUUUAGCACAAGCCUAUGGCAUUUUACAUUAUAUAAAUUAGCCUAGCAGCUAGUGAACCUUUCCUCUACUCAUAUAAAGCCAGGGACAACAGCAACAUUUAACAAAGGUAACGUUACAAAAUUUGGCUCUAUUACAGCUCACAAGGUUCACUGACAAAACAACUGUCUUAUACUAAAUAUGUUUUCCAAACAAAUAUAACAUGCUAACGAUAUUAACACAAGCCUAUAGCAUUUUACAUUGUAUAAAUUAGCCUCGGGGAGAUUUCCUCUGCUCAUAUGAAGCCAGGAUAAAUCAUACACAAGACUUAAAAUGCUAUUUUUUGGAGGCUUUAUUGUCUUCACAAUUUAUUGUUGUUGGUUUGUUUGUUUUUUUUACACAUUCUUGAGAAUUAGGACAAGACCUUAUUUGUUGGAGUUUUUAUUUUUUAUUUUUACUCUUCAGUUAGACUGGGGGGAAAAAAAUAUUUUAAAAGAUCAAAGUCUUGACUAUCAAACCUUAUAAUGAGCCAACCUCCCAGUGAUUUAAUUUUUCUUGAAUAGCAUACAUAAUGGGUGUCAGAGGUAAAAAUCUGAUUGAGCUAGCAUCAUAUGCAUUAAGCAAAAAGUUGAUACAACUUUUAAUGAAUUCAUUUAAUGAAUUUAAAAAAAAAAAAGCUAACCAGUGCUUGAGCAGCAUUCCUGCCUUUUUGAAAACCAGUAAGUGAGACAGGCGUCUUCGGGAUAUAACUGACAUUUUCAUACCUGAUUAAAUUAUGUUUUUGUAGAAAUCUGACGAACUGGAACACAUCUUUAAAGAGACAACAUUUUCAUGAAAAUAUAAUAUAUUUUAAAACAAAGAUGAUUAUAGCAGUACAUUUUUAGACAGUUGUUGUCAGUACAUAGUGUUAUUUUUAGAUUUUGAAGCCUUUUAAUACAUUUUUUAAUUGUUUGAAUUCUCGUCUAGGGCAAGGAUGUAUUCUGGCACAUAGCAAGUAAAAAAAAUAAAAGCAGAUCAAAGUAUUUUAGAAAUCAAAUUUGUUUUUUACAUAAAAAAUGUUUGAAAUUUGUAUGUUGAAAAAAUGGGUGAAAAUACUCAUUAAGGAGCUGGGCCAUAUUUUGCUGUCCAACAACCGGACAGACAGUAAAUGACAAAGACACACAUACUUGUUCUUCUAUCUUUGUGAGGACCCUCAUCAACAUAAUGCAUUCCCUUGCCCCUAACCCUAACCUUAACCAUCACAACUAAAUGCCUAACCCUAGACCCCCUAACCCUUAUCUGACCUAAGGACCAGCUAAAAUGUCCUCACUCUGUACACACACACACACACACACACACACACACACACUAUAUGAUUAAUAUGAAUCAAUGUUAAUGUUGUGUUAAUGUUACUAUAAUUGUGUUCUGACAAAUUUUAUUUUGAUGCUUUUGGCAGCAUUGUUAUAGAAACUUUCAUGCCAGUUAAAUCCUUUGUAUUGAUUGAUAAAAUCAAAAAUGUAUUUACACACCUCGUGUGUUUGUGCAAAAAUACAAUGUAAUGGCAUUAAAAUAUAUUUUAGGUGUUGGUAUUUUAGAAAUGUGCUUUAUAUCAUGUUAUACUUGCAAUAGUGGGUUUAUGUAAUGGAAACUAAUUCAGUUAUUGUUAAACUGUUGAUUGAUUUGUUGAAUUCAUUAUCUAAUCAUUCCUUAUUAUGUGCAGUUAUUUCACGGCUGCAUUUCUUUCUUUGCAUUGAUUUACAGACAUAUUAACUGACUAGUGUGGUGUGUCUCUCCUCUGAUGACUUCAUGAUUUCAGGCUUUGUGCA